AUGACCUCGAAAGGCGGUAUCGCAACAAUUCGUAGCGAGGAAUUUCUGCGAGAACUUCAACUCUCCGUUCUGGAUGUCGAACUCCAGGGACUUAACGGUGACCCGAACUUAGCAGGAACCCGAGGUAACCCCAUAAACAGGGACAGCAAUCCUGGGGCAUCUGGAGAACCAAACUCCUCGCAGUACGUAUCCCCAUCCACAGGACACUUGCGAGAUGAGAGGCCAGGAUUAUAUGCCGGCUCGAUGAACCAAGGAGACGCAGCUGCAAACAAUUUUGGUACGAUCUGGGAUACAUUUCCCAUGACGGAGAUGGACGAAUUCAUGCAAUUUGAUCAAGAAUAUUUCUUUGAUGUGCCCGAUUCAGGUUUUGCGCUCUAA